GUUACUAUUUAUGCUACUGUUGAGAGGCAGUCUUCGCUUGCUUGCUUGACGCAGUUCACCUUCCUAACUGAAAUUCAAUUGUGUCGUCUGAAGUUGUACUGCGAGAUGUCGAAAGAUAUUCCACGUGAACCAGAGCAGCUUCGCAAGCUGUUCAUCGGAGGCUUGAGUUUUGAGACCACAGACGAAAGCUUGCGGGCCCAUUUUGAACAAUGGGGGAGUCUCACUGAUUGUGUGGUAAUGAGAGACUCCAGUAACAGGAGAUCCAGGGGUUUUGGCUUUGUCACCUACUCAUCAGUACAGGAGGUUGAUGCUGCCAUGGCUGCCCGUCCCCAUAAGGUGGAUGGAAGAGUGGUUGAACCCAAGCGUGCUGUCUCCAGAGAGGAUUCCAAUCGACCAGGUGCUCAUGUAACUGUAAAGAAAAUAUUUGUUGGAGGUAUUAAAGAAGACACUGAGGAACCACACAUGCGUGAUUACUUCGAGCAAUUUGGCAAGAUUGAGGUUAUUGAAAUUAUGAAUGACCGUAUUACGGGAAAGAAGAGAGGCUUUGCAUUUGUUACUUUUGAUGACCAUGAUGCAGUUGACAGGAUCGUCAUCCAGAAAUAUCACACCAUUAACUCCCACAACUGUGAAGUUAGAAAGGCCCUCCCACGACAGGAUAUGCAGUCUUCAGGAAUGCGAGGAGGAUUUUCAGGCGGAAGGAGUGGUGGUGGUGGCGGUGGCGGUGGCGGCAGUGGAAGACCCUAUGACUAUGACAGAAGUUUUAACCAGGGCAGCAGGGGUAGAUAUGGAGACAACCAUUACAAUGGUGAUGGUGGAUAUGGCGGUGGCCCUGGGGGAGGAUACAACAAUGGAGGGAGCCGUGGUUAUAACCAAGGGUACAACCAGGGCGGUGGAGGCUAUGGUGGAAAUAAUUAUGACAGCAAUGGUUACGGCAACUGCGGGGGAGGUGGUGGUGGUGGCGGCGGCAACUACAACAUGGGUCACUAUGAGACUCAGUCUUCUAACUUCGGCCCAAUGAAGAGCAACUUUGGCGGUGGCGGCGGUGGAAGGAGCUAUGGUGGUGGCUAUGGAGGAAGUUCAAACAGUGGCUAUGGACGUCAAGGACGGUUUUGAAGUGACAAUGUGGGCUGAGUACUUAGGAGAGGAAGUGACAGCGAGAGGAGAGGAAGUGACAGGGCAGCUGCAGGUGUACCUCCUAAAUCUGCUCAGCCAAACAUGUGGCAGGUUACAGCUGCUGCAAGAGAUGUAUAAUAGACUUGAAAAAGAAAAACAUGGGGGGUCUUCAAUUAAGCGUUUUUGUGGUUUUUUGUUUUGUUUGUUUUUUGUUUUUUUAAUCUGUUUCUGGAAAGCAAGCAUUCCAAUGAGGGUUUUAUGUAGAUAUUUUUGUCCUUGAUCUCUGGUUUUAUUUGUAACUGCAUCAACGUUGAGCUGAAAUAAACAAACUUUCAGUCUUUUUACAAACUUUUGUUAGCCUCAAGUGGUUUUGGGGAGAGGGAUGGUGUAAGAAUUGCUGCAUACAGCUGGGAGUGAGAUGCAUCUGGGCGCUGGGAGCAGACAUGAAUGAACGAGCAUCCAUGCAGUAGGCCUCUACUGGUUGAGGGUUGACAGGUGCCGUGCAAAGGGUUGGAUGCAGUGGGUACAAACUAACCCGAGUGCUGUGCAGAUCAUCUGGAGGAUGCUAGCUAACAUGCAGUCUUUGAGGCUAGCCAUGGAAGCCAGCUGAGGGAGAGAAGUAGCAAUCAUCGCCAGGAUCAUUGAAGCAGGGGAGAGUGAGAACAGAAGCCUGAGGCUAGCAGGCAGCAGCUACCAAAGGCUUAUAAGCUGCCUGUAGGUAAGACCAGACUUCUCAACUACUGAUAGUAAACCUUGCUUUGUCACGUAGCUGUGGUAGUCAGAUGUGUCGCACAGUAAUGUUUAAACUCACAAAAAUCUAAAUUGGUAAAUUGGCCUUCUAAUAACAUUUUGUCACCAAAUAUAUUUGCAUGCUGUGAAUUUUAAAUGCGCGCUGAGGAAUUUUUUUGACUUGCUGUUUCUGAUUUCAGGUAACAUAAGUGUUCUCUCGGUGGACCAACUUCAUUUAACUGGCAAUGGAUAAAUCAGGAUUCUGGAGAAUGAAUGGUGCUUUCCUUUUGUUUUAAGAGACUAUUUUUUUUAAAUAAAUUUUUAUUUUUAUAAA